AUGCAGGAAAUCCAAGAAGCCCAGAGAGAACAGAGGGCUGCACUGGAGAUACUGACGAAGCAACUUUCUCAAGUCGCGUUGUCACUGGGCGAGCUGAGGGGAAAUGAAGGAAAGAUUCCAGCCACUGUGCAGUCACCUGGUAGAGAGAACAUUAACGAAGUAUCCCUGAGAUCAGGAAAAGUCUACCAGAACCCUACUCCACCUAUGAAAUCUCCAGCAUCUAUGUCUGGACCGAGCCAUGAUGAAGAAGGAGAAUCCAGUGGAGGAGCGCAAGCAAAAGGGAGAGAAGAGGGCAAGGCAGUAGUGGGAGGUGAAAACUCAGAGGAAAGUCAGAGAGAUGAAGCUGAGAAAGUUAAGCCAUAUCCGUACCGAGGAAUGGUGACAAGAAAGAGGGACGUCACGAUCGACGUGGCGAGUAUGUUCAAGGAUGUGGAAGUAAAGGUGCCGCUCUUGACGGCGUUAAAAAUGCCCCCGAUUAGUAAAUUCAUCAAAGACUACUUGGCAGGAAAAGUUAACGAGGAAGGGAGACUAAUUACAGAAGAGAAUGUCUCCGCCGUGAUCCAGAGAAGCGACCUUCCCUCCAAGAAGACUGAUCCUGGAAUAUUUACUCUACCGAUCUCAAUCAGAGAUAUUCAAGUGGAGCACGCGAUGUGCGAUCUCGGGGCAUCCAUCAAUGUGAUGCCAUAUGCUAUCUAUGAGAAGCUGGGAGCGGCCAAGCUCAUCGACACUGACAUCAUGAUCCAGUUGGCCGACAGAUCGUGUAUUCACCCGGAAGGAAUUCUGGAAGACGUGAUUGUGAAGGUGAAUAACUUUCUAUACCCAACCGAUUUUUUUGUAAUCAUAAUGACGGAGCCAGCAACAAAGGAAUCAAGUGGAGUCCUACUGGGGAGACCGUUCCUAUCCACGGCGAGCACCAUCGUAGACAUCCGUAAUGGGACGAUAAGCUUGGACUUCAAUGGAGAGCAAUUCACAUUCAAUAUCGAUGAAGCCAUGAAGAGGCCAACCAACAGCGAGAACAUAUACUCAGUAGAUGUGACGGAGCCCCUAGUACAGGAAUGUUUGGAGGAAGAAUUCCUAAAGAGGCAGUUCACUAACUCCGCUAUAGAUGAAGAGGCCGAGAAAGAAGUAGAAGAGUGGUAUGAGACUACGAAGGUCGGAGAAAUAGAUGACCAAGCCAUCGCGAAGGCGAUAAUGGAUUUUCGUGAGCAUCCGCGACCAGCUGGGUCAAGUGGGACCGCUCAAGUAUCCAACCUAGCGAAGCGACAGAAAAUCCUCUGCCCACUGAAGAGCCAAAGCUCGCGAAGGAGUUGA